AACAGGUAUAUACAUAGUAAAUAAAAGAGAGGGAGAGAUGGGUAUAUAAAUAGCACUUAAAGGAAAGAAACAAGAGAACAGAAGAAAAGAAAAUUUUGGAAGCAAUUAAAGAGGGGGAAGAGAGAGAUAAAUAAUUAGAUGAAAACAGAAUAUUUGCAGUGUUUGUAGAGAGGCAGAGAAAAGAAGGAAGUUGAAGUGACAGUAAACUUCAUAAAAUACUGUUUACAGUACCGUCACACCGGGUUUUUAACCAUCGCAGAUAAAUUAAGGGUCCGGUGGCAGCAAACGGAAGGGCCAUCCCAGACAGCACACAUUCUAGCUACACUAGUGUGUAGAAGGUCAUUUAUUACUUGUAGAGUGCUGAUGUAUUUUCUACCAGAAAAAAGGUCUCGGUCACUCAGGAGUACCCAGGGAUUCAAACAGAAUGUCGAAGGACAUAAAGAAGAAUUCAGUUAUUCUCUUCAAAUCUCCAGCAGAAGGUGAAAACGACAUAUUUCUGGCGGAAUUACAGAAAUCUGAACUGACUGUCAACGUUGUACCUGUGCUGUCGUUUCAAUCUUUGCACACAGAUGUCUUGGCACAAAAGCUCAGUGGAGAUGCUAGAAAUAAAUACAGUGGCAUCAUUUUCACCAGUACUCGUAGUGUGGUGGUAGUGGACUCUGCCAUUAAGCAGCUAACAGCAUACAAUAAGAAGACAACCUGCAAGGACCUGAAAUGUUUUGUAGUUGGCAAGAGUACGGCGACCUCAGCUGCCAAUUUAGGCUUCAAACCUACAGGUGAAAAUAGUGGCCAUGGUAAAAAGUUAGCUGAAUUCAUUUUGAAAGAAAUAGAAAAGAAGUCAGAUUGUAAACCUAUUCUGUUCCCCUGUAGCAAGAUACGAAAUGACGACCUUCCAACUCACCUCAAACAAAAUGGAAUACCAGUUGAAGAAAUAACAGUUUAUGAAACACUGCCAAAUCCUCAUCUUCACAUAUGUAUCGAUGGAGUAUGUAAAGCACUGAAAGGUCAACCAGAAUAUCUUGUGUUCUUUAGUCCUUCCGGGGUCGACUCUGCACUGCCUUUUAUAACUCCAGUCUGGGAUAUGUCUCAAUCAAAGGUGCUGGCAUUGGGACCAAGUACUGAGAAGCAGCUGAAAGCAAAAUCAAUCAAGAUAUCAGGUGUGUCGAAAGGCCCAACACCUGUUGAUUUGGUUAAACUCAUCAAAGAGCUCAGUUGAUUUUUGAUUAUUCAAAUAUAAAUAAAAAAAACAAAACAAUCUAAUUUAAUGUAAAAUAAAUAAUUAUUAUUAUACUUA